AUGAAGAACAACACCAGCUACUCGGGCAUCGACACCACCUGCUCCUCUCCCAACGACUGUUAUGACGCUCUCAUCAAAAAGUGUGUGAGCUGCAGCAAACUGAACAGAAACCAGGAGGAAACAACUGCUAUCCUCAGAGUGAUCUCUACUACAGCCCAGGAAAUGACACCUCCUACCACAGCCCAGAAGUGCCCAGCAUUGAUCUCAGGUAUCUGUGCAUGUGCAGGGCUAGUUCUGGCUAUGGCUGCAGUGCUCUGGUUUGUCAUCCAGAAACAAAAGAGAAGGACGAGGAAGAGCAAAGCUGAUGAGGAGGAUCCUAAAAAAAUUGAAAUUGAAAACCACUAUGAAAACCAUGUUCACAAAGGACCAGACCUGCCAGGAGAAGACAAUCUUGCAUUACUAAGAUGCCCUCCGUCAAAUGAUACUUCACAUGGAACAAUACUAAAAGAUGACAUCUCAAAGAUGGCAGUAAGUGAUGUCACUGUGGCUUCUUCUCUUUCUUCUUGUGAAGAAAAAGGCAAUCACACCUUUCCACUGCCAGCUACUGAACUUGGGGCAACUGAGCUGGUGACCACCAAAACCAUUCAGGAGAACUUCAUUAAGGAGGAACUGCUAUAG